AGUGCUCUGCUUCUCUGAGCGCGGGCUCUCUCUCACCUCUUCUUCCUCCUUUUACCACCCGUGUCCGCGUCCUCUGCGGGAAGCUUCCAGACAUGAGGAGCAGCAGCAGAGUCCGCGGAGGAGGAGGUGGUGGCGGACAGGCCGCCGCCUUCCUCGCCGCGCUGCUGUGCGGCCUCCUGCUCUUGCUCGGCGCCGCCGACGCGCAGGGCAUCCGGCGCCCCACCGCCUACAAAACCCUACGAGGUGAUGCUCCCCUUGUUAUCGCCCAAGGCGGAUUUUCAGGGGUAUUUCCUGAUUCCAGCCAGGCCGCCUUUGCUUUCGCAUUGCUUGCCAGCGCACCUGAUACAAGCGUGUGGUGCGAUGUGCAACUCACAAAGGAUGGUGUUGGGGUUUGCCUUCGGGAUAUAAACAUGGCAAACUGCACCAAUGCCGCACUAGUCUACCCUGCGAAAAAGAAGAAAUAUGUUAUCGAUGGCGUGCCGAAGACUGGAUACUUCUCUCUCGACUUCAACUAUUCUGAGGUCCAAACGACUUAUUUAACACAGGGAUUUUAUUCUCGCACCGACAGGUUUGAUUCCAUAUAUACUAUCUUUUCUGUGACAGACUUGCAGUCCUAUAUCAAGCCGCCUUCGGUUUGGUUGAAUGUUCAGCGUGACAUCUUCUAUACGCAACAUGGUUUGAACAUGAGAAGAUACAUUGUUUCCAUCCUAAAGAGUGUCUCUGUGAAGUAUAUUUCAUCACCUGAGUUGGGUUUCCUCAAAAGCAUAUCUAAAAGAGUUGGCAGCAGAACGAAGCUUGUGUUUCGCUUUCCUGAUAACUUUAUGUCUGAUCCUUCUAUAAACCAAACCUAUAGCUUGCUGUCCAAGAACCUAACGUUUAUUAAGACAAUUGCUUCUGGUAUCAUGGUCCCGAAGAGCUACAUCUGGCCAGUGACGAAUGAUAACUAUCUGCAGCCUCCAACAUCCUUUGUACAAGAUGCCCACAGUGCAGGGCUAGAAAUUUAUGCAUCUGACUUUGCAAAUGAUAGGAUUAUUCCCUAUAACUACAGUUAUGAUCCCUUGCAAGAAUACCUAUCAUUUAUAAGUGAUGGCGGAUUCUCCGUGGAUGGUGUGUUAACAGACUAUCCUAUUACUGCAUCUGAGGCUAUUGGCUGUUUUACUCACUUGAAUGAAAGUAAAGCGGAUCAUGGGAAACCUUUAAUUAUUUCACAUAAUGGUGCCAGUGGAGACUAUCCGGAUUGUACUGAUCUUGCCUACCUGAAUGCAAUUAAAGAUGGUGCGGACGUGAUUGACUGUGCCCUUCAAGUGACAGAAGAUGGAGUUCUUAUUUGCAUGAGUUCCAUCAACCUGCUCGAUACCACCAAUGUUCAGAUGACACCUUUCAGUACCCGUACAUCUGUCAUUCCUGAAAUUAAGAGUACACCAGGGAUUUUUACAUUCAACCUUACUUGGAACGACAUAAGCGAUAGUUCUUUGAAACCCAAGAUAUCUAGCCCAUUGAGUAGCUACUAUCUUGUAAGAAACCCGAGGUACACAAAUGAUGGGAAGUUUGUCAAGUUCUCAGACUUUCUGGAAUAUGGAAAGGAUAAGGAUUUGUCUGGCAUCAUGAUUAUUGUGGAGAAUGCUGCAUUUAUGGCGAAGUCAUUAGGAGUUGAUGUUCUCGAGUCCUUAACCACUGCCUUAAGUGAGGCUGGCUAUGAUAAUCAAACUACCAAGGAAGUCAUGAUCCAGUCAAAAGAUAGCGCUGUUCUUGUCAAAUUGAAGCAGCAGAAAACAAAAUACAAGCUUGUUUACACUCUCCCGCUAGGCAUUGGGGAUGCUUCUCCUUCCUCCCUAGCUGAUGUCAAGAAGUUUGCCGAGGCUGUAGUCGUUGACAGGAAUUCCUUUUUUGCAACAAGUGUUCAAUUUAUCAUCAACCAAACCAGCCUUGUGAAAGAUCUGCAGUCCGCAGGACUAACGGUAUAUGCGCAGGUGUUCCGCAAUGAGUUUCUAUCACAACCUUGGGACUUCUUCUCAGACGAGACAGUGGAAAUCAAUAGCUAUGCUCAGUCUCUUAAAGUCGAUGGCUUAAUUACUGACUUCCCCAAGACAGUAAGGAGAUACAAGAGGAAUUCAUGUACAGAAAAGGUCAAGCCCGCCUACAUGGAGACCGUUGAAGUCGGCGGCCUCGCGCAGUUACUCGAGAGAAAUGCCGUUCCUCAGGCUCAGCCGCCAACCGUGUCACCGAUGCCAGGAUUGAACGCAACAGAGGUGCAGCAGCCGCCAUUCCCGCCUGUCGCGUCCAAGAAUGCACCUCCUGGUGCCGCCCCACCUCCGGGUUCAUCGCCGUCUGACGCUCACACAACAGCUGCAAGCACCUGCAUUCUGCUGGUAGCGGCCUGUGCAGCUCUGCUGCUUUGAGCAGUAGGCCAUGAGGCCGUGUGCUGGUAGGUUAAGUUACCAGAAGGGCCAUUAGACUUGCGCAAGCUAUAAUCUUGCUAUUUUGUGCAACAUAUACACACAUAUACACCGGGCGUUCGUUUCUGUAGCUAUUCCGGUACAUUGGUGUAUUUGAUCUAUCAAUUGAAUUGAAGAGGUUCGGUUGAA